GAAGCCUACAUGUACGCUUGAUGUAUGUGUCUUAGGUACCACGUACGGCGUUACGAUACCUUUUCUCCUGGGACUUGCUUUGUCCAAUCCAGUGUCUGACCAGCUAGCACACGGUUCGAGCGGCUGUAAACAUGAUCAUGCAGCAAAGUGGGGUGCUGGGCGAAGAUGGCAUCCACGUUGACAUGAACCAUCUGAAGCAUGGCGAAGUCAACCUCGGAACAUCCAUUAUGGCGAUCAACUUCAAGGACGGCGUAAUAUUAGGAGCGGACAGUCGAACAACAACCGGUGCCUACAUCGCGAACAGAGUCACAGACAAGCUCACACAAGUGCACGAUACGAUAUGGUGUUGUCGGUCGGGAUCCGCAGCAGAUACACAAGCUGUGGCAGAUAUUGUGCAGUACCACCUGGGCAUGUACGGCAUUGUGAACGAUGAGCCGCCGACCACACAGACCGCGGCAGCUCUGUUUCAAGAGCUUUGCUACGAUAACAAGGACCAGCUGAGCGCAGGUAUCAUCAUCGCAGGCUGGGACCACAGGCAUGGUGGUCAGGUGUAUUCGAUCCCGCUUGGCGGCUCGCUGCACAAGCAAGCCUAUGCGAUUGGCGGUUCUGGGUCGACGUACAUCUACGGCUACUGCGACGCAAACUGGCGAGAAGGCAUGACCGAGGCGGAAGGUAUCAAGUUUGUUAAGGGUGCGCUACAAGAGGCAAUCAAAUGGGAUGGCAGCUCUGGCGGUGUGAUCAGAAUGGUGGUGCUGACGGCGCAAGGCGCUAUACGGCAUCUGUAUCUGCCAGACCGUAACUAUGAAGGUCCAGGGACCGAAAAACCAUAAGAUUACGGCGUCUACGGACUGCUCACGUGCUCAAGGAGGAGCUUCAAGCGCAGAGCCGCUUCACGAUGCAGCGGCCAGGGCGAUCUUGUAUCUAUAGGCGUGGAUGAUUUCCGGGCUUUCGCGGAUGUGCAGCCGACACUCACCAAGCAGCUUAGCGUGCAGCAUUAGCUUGUCCGGUGAGGCGAUACUGAUAUUAUAGCAAUCACUGGGUUGCAAUAUGGCCGGUGGAAGGACAUUGGGCAUAGUGUGCUCAGCAUCGUCUCGUUAAUGCAGGCGAGGGGUGGCGGUCGGUUUCGUCCUGUACGAGUACAACAACGUUCAAACAAGCAACCCUUGUCCCGGAUGUUCCUCCAUUUCAUGUCAGCUCUGCCGGGCUGCACUAGCCCAAAGUUAAUAUGACGCUGCCAAGAUGCCGACCCAAGGAAGGCGGAGCGACGAGCA